CCCUCCUCUUCUUCCAAAAUGUCCAGAGUACGAAUCCCUCUCGAUCUCAUCGAGAGCUCCGUCACGGGUAUCUAUAUGGAGAACCUCAUUUCAUACUGGUGUGAUCGGGGUUUGACGCCUAAACAUGCCGAGGCCCUCGCCGGUGUAUUAAAUGCCUGGACCCAGCGUGACGACUUGUUCAUCAAAUGCCUUGCAAAAGAGAAGAGUAUUUUCGAAACAGUCCGAAACCAGAUGAUGCGGUCCCUCGAUAUUUGGGAGGAGGUUCCGGCCUGGGAUGAAAUCUGGCGUCUUAGGCUGGCUUUUGAUCGAGAUCGCAAGAUUAACUGUCACCCUAACGUCAAGCUCUACACAAUCAUCGUUUGCAAACUCUUGCCAGAGAUGAUAAUGGAGCGUAAUGAACAUGAGGAUGUUUGGAGUCCUAGGAACACGGUCUCAAUCGAACUAUAUGACACCCCGGAUUGGUACCAAGAAAAAUUCAAGGAGUAUCAGGCGAGACAGGCUGAGAGAGAACAAUCUCACCAGAGGGACCAGGAAGCCGUACUCAGGUAUAAGGCUCUAACUCGUGGUGCCUUCAACAAUGAGGCUAGUGACUUCGCACAGCAAGUCCAGCUCCCUCUUUCAGAAGACAAGCUGCAAAGACUGCUGGAGGAGCCUCGCCUUUACCCUCUGGAUUGGUGGGCGGGCUUGGAGAAGGCUGGGUUCAAGGCUGGGUCUCGUGGGCCGUUCGGUUCUUCCCCUUGGCAGCCACCCGACUUUUCUUCGAGACAGCAGAAGGAGCUCGCAAACCCCUUCUCCGAAGCGCCCGCGACUCUUGGACAUACUCUCGCUCCGAACUGGAUGCCACCCAAUUUCACCUCCUUGGCUUCCAAGGCAUCGUCAUCUACAAAGGCGCCGCUAUUUGGAAGCACAUCAAACGCACUAUUUAGCGCAUCACCAUUGCCACCCGAUUUCACCUCCUCGGCUUCCAAGGCAUCGUCAUCUACAAAGGCGCCGCUAUUUGGAAGCACAUCAAACGCACUAUUUAGCGCAUCACCAUUGCCACCCGAUUUCACCUCCUCCGCUUCCAAGGCACCAUCGUACACAACGAUUUUUGGAGGCACAUCAAACAAACUAUUUGGAAGCGCAUCACCAUUGCCACCCGAUUUCACCUCCUCGGCUUCCAAGGCAUCGUCAUCUACAAAGACGCCGCUAUUUGGAACUAGGGAGCACGGAUCGCCAGUCCACGUGUCCCAAGGACCUGAGCAAGUUAAGUCUGGAGGUAACCUGGGUGUUACGGUCUCUGACUCGGUGGAGUCAGAGGGCUCUUAG